AUGUCUGAGAAUAUUUAUCACAAUGUGGAUAUACCUGAGACUCUGGACAAAGGAGAGAUAGUAGAGAUGACUGUGGACAUCUAUGAAAGUUCAGAUUCUGUCAGAAAUCAUGAGAGACAGCAAGCGCUUCAACAUACAGAAAGAGAACAGUUACUUACAAACAAUAGCAAACUGCUAGAGGAGAAAGAUCAAUGUCUACUGAACACCAGACGUCUGUCUGAAGAAAGAGAUCAGUCAAUGAAAGAAAGAAAAGAACUGAAGGGAUGGCUCACUGACAACGAUCAGCGCUCUGAUGACUUUAAAUGGAUUUACAACAACUUCAGUUUUUAUUACUUUUCAACUGUAAGUAACAGCUGGAGUGACAGCAGAGAAGACUGUAAACAGAGAGAAGCAGAUCUGGUGAUUAUAAACAGCAAAGAGGAACAAGAGGCUUUUCAGAAGGCUACAGGCAGUGAAUUUUGGAUUGGUCUGAGUAAAGAGAAAGGCGUGUGGAAAUGGGUUGAUGGAACUGCAGUAACAGCAAGGUACUGUAUGAAUGGAUUCCCCAGAUAUAACAGUCAAAACUGUGCUCUAACAUCUUCAUCAGGAUGGAGUGAUCAUUCAUGUAAAGAGAAACAUUUUCACAUCUGUGAGAAGAGAAUUUUCACCCAAAAAUGAAAAUUCUGUCAUCAUUCACUCACCCUCUUGCAAUUUCAAACCUGGAUGACUUUCUGUUUAAACUAUUUUGAAGAAUGUUUGUAACCGAGCAACGCCGGUACCCGUUCACUUGCAUUGGUUUUGUGUCCAUACAAUAGAAGUGAAUGGGUGAAGAACCAACAUUCUUCAACAUCCGUCUUUUGUGUCUCAAGAAGAAAGAAAGUCAUACAGGUUUAAAAUGACAACGAUGACAGAAGUUUCCUUUGGGUGACCUGUGCCUCUAAUCAUUGUCUGUUAACUGGUCAAGUUUGUAUCGUUUUACACAGACAGAUGAGGUCAAUAAUAUGAAUUAUUGCAUUAUAAUAGCACCUGUCGAGGAGUGAGAUACAUUAGUCAGCAGAUGCC